GUAAACCUUUCCUGAGCAUAGUGAAAAUGGCCAAAUGGGGCGAAGGUGAUCCACGCUGGAUUGUGGAGGAGCGACCGGAUGCGACAAAUGUCAACAAUUGGCACUGGACAGAGAAAAAUGCAACCCCAUGGUCGAAGGAUAAGCUGAGGUCCCUGCUCGACGGGUUUGUAAUUGCCGACUCUGGCCUGGAGUGCACGGUAACAAAGAUCGAUCAGCUGGAGGGCGAGGCGACGGCCAACAACCGGAAAGGGAAGCUUAUAUUCUUCUACGAGUGGAACAUAGUGCUGCUGUGGAAGGGCCGGUACAACGAUGAAGAGGUGACGGGCAAAGUGACCAUUCCGAAUCUGUCCGAAGAAAACGAUGUAGAUGAGGUGGAACUAACGGUGUCGUUGGACAGUUCGAAUCCGGCCGCAGAGAAGAUGAAGCUGUUCAUGUAUAACGUUGGGCGGGAUAAGUUAAGAAAGCAAUUGGACGCCUACAUCCGUGCGCUGAAGGCUGACUUUGCCAAGGGGCUGAUACUGCCGAAAAAGGACGAGGUAAACGGUACCGACAAUCCGCCGCAGAAGCACAACAAAGAAACGGUGUUCGCUAGUGGAUUUAACAGGAAAAAGUUUGAUCUCGAAACCGUCACCAGUACUACGGUUAAUCCCACGAAAAAUGUCGGUGGCUGCAAGCUGGACGUGAAGACAAUAAAAAUUACCACGAAGUUCCAGUGUCGAGCUAACGAAUUGUUCGAUGCGCUAACGAGGGAAGACAUGGUGACGGCAUUUACCCGUGGCCACGUAAAGCACGAGCCUUUUGAGGGUGGAAACUUCAUUUACUUUGGAGGCAACAUCAGUGGCAAGUUUGUAGAAAUCGUACCGAAUAAGAAAAUUGUACAAACCUGGCGAUACAAGGAGUGGCCUUCGGGACAUUAUUCUACCGUCACGAUAGAGUUGGAGGAAGAGGUAUGUAGUUUUGAAAUGUUGACUUAG